AUGUUUUUCUCGUGCUCCUGGAUCCUGGAACUCUUUGAAUGGACACCUUUUAAUUCAAAUCCAAUAGACAGCUUUUUUCAAGGACUUGUCGGUGCAUGUGGAGUAUCAGUUCUCUACAAUCUUUUGAGAGUUUACUACUUCGUUCAGACACACAGUGAUUCUAACACCGACAAUGGAAGCAAACAGAUGUUAUCCUCAUCAGGAUAUUCUUUAAGAAGGAAUUGGAGAGCAGCUUUCCAAUUCUGGUGCCUGACCUUCGUCCUAUCACUGGUGGGCCCGAGGGUUUGUUCACUUAUAGUGCUGGAGUUUUCACUCAGAGCCAUUUCUGCUUGGGCAUCAGCAAGACUAGAUGCUGGCGCAAGAGGUCAAGAUGUGCUCCUAGUCCAGUGUCAGUUUUCCCUGGGCUGCAGCCUCACUUGUACCCUGGUUUUCCUCCAUCAGGGGGCUCCACACAGCUCCCUCAGCUUGUUUUUGGCAGCUGCUCUCAGCUGGGCUCUGGCAGCCUACAGCAGCAGUCUGUUGAGCCAUGUGGUCAGACUCUUCCCACUGCAUAGCAGCAAGCAUUACUGUGGAAGGUGCAUCAGCCUGCUGACCUCCGGACACAAUUUGCUGGCUUCGCUGCAAAGAGCGGUUGUCUUGGCUUUUGCUGUAGGGACUGUGGCUUCCUCAGCUACAGUUUUUCACCACUUUUUGUCCCACAAGGAUGCUAUAAAGUUCUGGACUCCACUGACGCUCUGUUACACUAUGCUGGUGGUAUACACUCAAGAGGAUCAGAAAGGCCCAGAGACCCUUUUGCAUGCUGUGGUGUUGAGACUGGGAGGUUUGCUGGUGCUCAUGAUGACAAUGGGCCACUGGUCUGAUGUUCUUCACAUCCUCAUCACGUUCCUGGGAGAAGCCGCCUGUCUGAUGCCCGCUCAAGAUCUACUUCAGGCUGCGCUUAAGGUCUAUCUGACUCAAAUCAUUCAAUUUCCCCUGUUUUAUUGGGUUUCUGCCUACAAUAUGUAUUUAUAA